AUAGACGUUCCCCACACCGUUGUCGUCACUCACUGUGUGAAUUACAGCGAGCAAGGCGUCAUGUCGGCUCUGUUCCUUGUCACCUGUGGUUUGAGUGUUGAUGUUAUAACGGCCUCACUGUGUGCUGACAUUGGCAGCAUGGUCCUCCCUACAGGUGUCGGGCUGCACGCGUUCAAGAAGGUUCACAUGACUGGGCUAUACCCUUGCGCAGCUGAAUGUACAUCAACGUCAAAGUGCACAUCAUUCAACUAUUGCUUGAAGACCAGAAUGUGCGAACUGAUAAGGGAAACAACGCCCUCUUCGGCCGAAGGUGGUCCCACAGAGGGGUGCAUGUACGUGGAUCAAUGGCCUAACGACGUUGCAGGCCCCUGUGCAACCCUCAUGUGUCCGGAGCUCUCGGUCUGCAGAGUUAACAGACUGAACCAAGCUUCCUGCAUACACGAAUGUGAAAAUCCACCCUAUCUGGACAAUGCAGUGUUGACAGUAGCUGGUUACCAUGUUGGAGCGUCAGCGUCUUACAUUUGCAAGCCCAACCAUAUGUUCUGCGGAACUGGCCACCAGCUACGAUGUGACACUUCCGGUCAAUGGAAUGGUACAGUGGGCACGUGUGGCAGGACAGUUUGGACAGAUCCUGAAGUUCCGUUUAUUGAGCCCCUACCUUGCGAGUUCACAGAUAAAUACAAUCUAAGAAUUGUCGGGACACCUCUCGCGGAAACACGAUUUGCAAUUAAUCUGAAGCAGGACACUGCGCUACUCCUCCAGGUCGACGCUCGCUUCAACUCCGGGAACUCCAUUCGGAAAAUUGUCCUCUCAACUGGCGACAGCACUAUUCCAGCGUCUUUUAUCAAUGAGUUCCCGUUCAUUACUGGCCAGACCUUCACGAUGGAUUUGGUUCACACUGACACAGAUUACCAGGUAUUUAUCAAUGGCACGUUUGUUGGAGGCUAUACGGACCACAAUCCAGGACAAAAUCCAAAUAUAGCUGAAGUAAAGUUAGACGUAUCAGUGCAAACAGUGCUCUACACUAGAUAUGUGUAACGUUGUGAUCUGGUACUAUCUAGGGAAACAAAACUUCAUUCGCACAUGCUUGCUGAAAUGCCAAAGUCCAUGCUCCAGAGCUACAUAUGUGGAUUAUAAUAUUACAUGAAUUAAUAUUCAUAUCUAAAAAAUAUAAGCAUCUGUGUGGCUGCCCCAUAUGGAAAGUUUGUAGUUGUACCCAGUAAUAUUAUGAAAUGUGAGUCAAAGUUCAAGAUCAAUUUUAUUAAAACAUUUUAAUUUUCAACUUUGUACACCACUACCCUACUCUACAAUUUAUAUGUAAAAUUUAUAUAUUCUGUAUUGUGAAUUAUUUAACACAUAAAGAUGCUCUUAAAA